CUAUUAUCUAAAGGUUCGAUUCUUUUUUUCAUCUCUUAUCAUCAUAACGAUGGUCAUCAUUAUUAUGAUUGUGGUCUCGAACAGUGAGCGGCAAAGUCAGAGUCCGAACGUCUGGCAGUAGACCGAGAGAUUCCUGCACAUCGCGUUGAGAGCCGGCAAAAAUCUCUUUUUCAGUUGCUCCCUUAUGAACCCAUAUACCUAUAUUUAUAAUUGCUGAGCUACCUUGCUUACACUCGAAUACCGGUGUCUUAAAACUUUUGAGAAUUUGAAAAUCCAAAAUUUUUGGUGAACAGUGAACGUAAUUGUUUCCGCAUCUUAAAAAUCCGGAGGGUCUUUGCAGCUUUGAAAUAAUUAGACGGUUUCUAAUUUCAUCCGCGUUUCCUGAGUAAUUAGGAUCUCAUAUAAGGCUGUCAUCAUGACGAGUCAUAAUUCGUGAUUAAGAUCACUUUUUGUAAUAUUGUUGAAGUCUGUCGAAGAUUAUAGCGUGCCAUUUGACAGUCUCGAUUUUAUACUGUAGCAUACAAAGUAAACGCUCACCGAAGGACGUCAAUCAACAUCAUUUGACAAGAUGCGUUUAAUAACGACGUGUAUUCUCAUAUGCCUCGCGGGGCAAGAUGGAUUCUGUGCUAAAAUUCUGGGCCUUUUCCCAGUUCCUGGAAAGUCCCAUCUCUCAGUAACUUCGUCUGUUAUGCACGGCCUGGCUAAAAAAGGACACGAUGUAACAAUAUUCGUUCCAUUCUCAACAGGUUUCAACGCAUCGAAUUACAGAGAAAUUAUUUACGAUAUCACCCGAUUGACUCCAGCCAAUUUUGAUAUGAUGGAUUUCGUCAAUGCAAACUUCCUUCGCGCGCAACUGGCGCUUUUUCAAAUCGGAAUUCGGUCGACGGAAGCUGCUGUGAAGAGCCCAGAGGCACAGGCUUUGAUUAGAUCGGAAGAAAAAUAUGACGUUAUCGUUAUGGAACAAUUUGUGAACGAGGCAUUCAUCGUUUUCGUCCAGAAAUUCAAAUGCCCCGUCGUUCUCAUCAGUACCUUCGGUACAACUUCGACGCUCAACCGAAUUUUCGGAAACUCGGCACCAUGGAGCUAUGUGCCAUCGGAAUUUUUAUGGUUCACCGACAGAAUGACUUUGUUAGAACGGCUACAAAACGCUCUUGCUAUUAUAUACGUAGACGUAUUGAGAAAAUAUUAUUACAUGCCUGAGCAACAAGCAUUAGCAGAAAAAUAUUUUGGAGACUCCGGCGUUGAGAUCACCGAUUUAGAGGAAACCGAGAGGCAGGCCAAUUUUGUUCUGAUAAAUACCCACCCCGCAUUCUCCACACCACGUCCAUACAUGGCGAACAUGAAGAAUGUUGCCGGAAUGCACAUCAAACCUAACAAGCCGUUGCCUUUGGACUUGCAGAGAUACAUUGAUUCUUCAAAGAAUGGUGUAAUCCUCUUCAGCCUCGGAUCCGCAAUGCAGAGUAUACUGAUCCCGGAACAUUUAACUCAGGCGCUUAAAGGAGCCUUUGAACGUUUGCCUUUCGAUAUCCUGUGGAAAUGGGAAAAUGACACUAUGACUAACAAGCCAAAGAAUGUACGGAUAGGGAAAUGGCUACCCCAAAACGAUAUACUGGCUCACCCGAAUGUGAAGCUGUUCAUCACUCACGGUGGCAUAUCCAGUACAAUGGAAACGGUUCAUCAUGGUGUUCCAGUUGUCGGCAUACCACUUUUUGGUGAUCAAAAACUCAACAUAAAUUUGGCUCGAGCGAAAGGUUUUGCUGAGAAAUUGGACUUUUCAACUAUGACAGAGGACGACAUUUAUAAUACUAUUUCUAAGGUUGCAAAUGAUCCGAAAUAUAUACGAAAUAUACAGAAGGUGUCAGCGUAUUGGAAGGAUGAGAUGAAUCAUCCCUUGGAUCAGGCUAUACAUUGGGUAGAAUAUGUUAUGAAGCACGAUGGUGCAAAUCAUCUCAAGGCUGCUGUGACGGAGCAAAACUUUGUGCAAUAUUUUUUGCUGGACGUAAUAUUUAUAAUAAUAGCAACGCUAGCGAUGAUAAUCUUUGCAAUGCAUCAGGCAUUGAGACUGAUGUGCAAAAGAUCCAAACCUAAUGCAAAAUCGAAAAAAACUGACUAGUUCAUGUCCAUUAAAGCUUUUAGAUGCUCACGUUACGGAUAGUACUUCACAAAAAGUUAUGUAAAUCCAUUUCUGGUGAUAAUAAAUUUUUUCACGCAAUAAA